GGAGGUGCCGAGGAGACGUCGCGUCGCCGCGCCGGGUCUCUAGCAGCUGCCGCCGAGCCGCCGGACGGACGCUCGUCUUCGCCCGCCAUGGCCGAGAGCGACUGGGACACGGUGACGGUGCUGCGCAAGAAGGGCCCUACGGCCGCCCAGGCCAAAUCCAAGCAGGCUAUCUUAGCAGCACAGAGACGAGGAGAAGAUGUGGAGACUUCCAAGAAAUGGGCUGCUGGCCAGAACAAACAACAUUCUAUCACCAAGAACACGGCCAAGCUGGACCGGGAGACGGAGGAGCUGCACCAUGACAGGGUGACCCUGGAGGUGGGCAAGGUGAUCCAGCAGGGUCGGCAGAGCAAGGGGCUUACACAGAAGGACCUGGCCACGAAAAUCAAUGAGAAGCCACAGGUGAUCGCGGACUAUGAGAGCGGACGGGCCAUACCCAAUAACCAGGUGCUGGGCAAAAUCGAGCGGGCCAUCGGUGAGUGUCCCUCCACCCUUCGCCGGGUCCGCUGGACAGGGAGGCUACCCGCUCCCGGCUGGGGUUGUUGAGAGCGGGACUCGGGAAGAAGAUGGCCCUGGGGGUCCCGUUCUCUGAAUUCUGGAGCUUUGCUUGACUGAGAUGACAGACUGAGGGAUGGUGGGGGCUCUGCAGGCCUCAGGAAACCCCUAAGAGCAAAGUGGAGUCCCACUCCCUUCCCCUUGCCAGUUCCCAUCAGCCUGUGCUGUUGGCCAUGGUUCUCUGAGCCUGAGCACAGCGGGUCUGGGCCCUGUCAGCAUGGGGCCGGAAGCCAGUUCCGCAGAGGACCCCGGCUCUGGUUCUUCUGGAGAGGGGUGUUCAUGCCCUGCUGUCUAAGAUGAUCAGACUCAUCCCCUUCAAAAUUAGAUGUGAGAACCAGGAGUGCUCGCGUGCUGAGAGCCCAGUGAGGCACGGGAGCAGCGUGGGCCCCCUUCCCUGGGAAGAUGUUGAAGA